AUGGUUACUGAAAGUGACGCUGCUCUCGUCGUCAUCGAGUUCUACGCGGAGUGGUGCGGUCCUUGCACGAUGAUUGCUGAUGAUUUUGAAAACCUGAAGAAAAGCUAUCCUAGUGUUUACUUUUAUCGGAUUGACGUUGAUUCUUUUCGUUAUCGAGAGGCCGCAAAGGAGUACAAAGUGACAAGGGUGCCUACAUUUGUUGUCUUGAAGGACCGAAAAGUGCAUCAUACCAUCGUGGGCGCCAACAUCAAUGCCCUUAAAGAAGCAAUUGACUGUUGUCUUUAA